CUUGCAAAAUAUUGACUAUGAUGAAGUGAAUUCCGAUGGGAAUCAAAUUUUCGCAAGGAGAGCUCGUUCCCCAAACUUGAAAGCGUCCCGGGUUUUAAGCUUUCCCCGACACACCGUAGUCUUUGGCAAGAUUUUCUUCAAGAUAUUUACCUCCUCUGGAACAGCUACAGCGGGGAAGAGUCAGAAAAAGUCCGUCAGCUAAUGGAGAAGCUGAAAGCUGAUUGUAAAUCCGACGAUAACGAUUCGAGAAGAGGAGAGGAUGCCGAGAAUCAUAACGAAGGCGGAGAUUGUGUUGAAAAAGCCGUACACGCAAAGUCAAAAACAGAAGAUUCUUCAAGUCAAACAGAAUUUUAUGAAACUUUGCAUCAACAGCUGGAGGCUUUGAAAGAUGAGUUUCACCCAGCGAGAGAAGAAAUGGAAAAAGCAUUUAUUAAAGAGAAAGACCACCUUGAAACCAAGUUGAGGGAUGAAUACAGCGAGAUUAUUAAGACAAAAGACGACCUCAUCCGGGUUCUCACCGAGGAGAAGGAUUUUUUUCUGAAUGAACUCCGCCAUCUUAGGAAAUCGUUCGAUCUUUUUACUAAACAUGUCCAUCGAGAUGCGCUCCAACAUCCGGGCUGCUGUGAUUGUCUAAAGGGCCUGGGUGCAAGCUCAGGAGAGCGCGGAAAUUUCGAAGUUCAAGGAGAAGGCAGUUGCGAUGGUAACACGAACCUCGAUCGUGAAGAACUUCUGAGCGUGCUACGCAAACAAGAAGAAGUUUUGUUGAAAUCAUUUGAAAGAGAAAAAGCCGAGAUGACAGAGAGGUUCGAACAAGACAAAAUGACGGUUAGGAAACUUACCGAAGACGAAUGUCGAGCGAGGUAUGCUUAUGAACGAGCUUACCUGCUCCAGAGUAUAGAUGGACUCAAGGAAGGACUGGAUUGUUUGAGGAUUCAGAAAGAUGAACUCGCUAAAAUAUUUGAGGGCGAGAAAAAUGCAAUAGAGCUUAAUUACAAGAGAAAGGAGGAUGAACUACGAAGAAAUUUGAGACUAGAACUCCAACGCAAAAUUAUUCAUGCUCAGAAGCCCUGGACACAGACAAAGAUUUAAGGGUGCAAUGUCCAUUUUUUCCGUUGCUAAAUGCCGGAAUUAAAAAUACUCUUCAUGGAUGGGGGAAGGGGGGAAUAGAUUUGAAGUGACCGGCAGGUGUUUCCAGCAGUUAUUGUUUUCUUAUAGAUACUCCUGUUAAUUCGAUAGUAUUAAUAGAAACAUGUCAAUAACGCAUGUUAAUGCCUUUUACUCACUGCUGUUGCAGCGAAAAGUCGAAAAAUAUAUGUAUCAAAAUAUAAAUUAUAUUA